CCCUACGAAUUCACUCCACUAUCCUCGAUUGCACCAGCUCAAACGAACCCUGAUCCCCAAGAUCCAACCUCCCCACACCCUCACCAAAUCUCAAGAAAAAAUCUCAGCGCAAACCAUGCCAUCCUCCUCAUCAGUGGAAAUCCACCCUUUCAAGCCCCACAUCGACAUCCGCGAAGUCGAACGCCUGCACACAAAACUCCGAGACGUACGAAUCCCACAAUCCGACAUCCUCCCAAACUCCGGCUCCGACUACGGCAUAACCACAAAAUUCGCAAAACGUCUCUACGACCACUGGCUCCAAAAAUUCUCCUGGUCCGCAGCCGAAGCAAAAAAUCGCACAAUUCCAUCACUGGACCACGGAAAUUGAAACGUUGGAGAUUACAUUUUAUCGAUCAGAAAUGUAAGCUUCCUACGACAGCGAAGAAUGAGGGAUCGAUACCGAUAUUGUUGAUACAUGGAUGGCCGGGUUCGUUUUAUGAAUUUCGUGACGUGAUCAAACCGCUCAAUGGAGCUGGGUUUGAUUGUGUGGUACCUUCACUACCAGGUUUCUGCUGGAGUUCUGCGCCGAAAUGUAAAAAAUUGGAGUGUGAAAGAUACGGCGAGGAUUUUUGAUGUUUUGAUGCAGAGGUUAGGGUAUUCGAAGUAUUGCGUUCAAGCGGGAGAUUGGGGGGCUAUGGUGGCGAGGGAAUUAGGAGCGCAGUAUUUUGAGAGGUGUAGGGUUAUGCAUUUGAAUUGGUGUCCGGGAGCUUUGUCACCGGAAGAAGAGGAAAGGACGGAAU